UUUUAUAAUUAAAUCUAAAUAUUCUUAAGCAAAAUGGAACUGCCUUACAUUGACAACCUUGAGCUAGGAGGCUUCAACUUUGAUAAUACACUUAGAAAUGAAGCGAUCAAGAAACAGACUGGCAAAGAGCCAAUAGCCACAAGUACAGGAACCACUAUCGUAGGUAUUGCUUAUAAAGACGGAGUCGUAAUGGCUGCAGAUACAAGAGCUACAGCUGGACCUACCGUCGGGGACAAGAACUGUUUCAAACUCCAUUACCUUGCUCCAAACAUCUGGUGUGCAGGUUGUGGAACUGCUGCUGAUUGUGACCACGUUACUGAAAUGAUCAAGAGAGAUCUUGAACUCCACAGGCUCAAUACUGGUAGCCAGAACAGAAUUGCUACUGCAGUGACUAAGUUCUCAAGCCAUUUAUUCAACUAUAUGGGACACAUUGGAGCUGGUAUCAUUCUUGGAGGAAUCGAUGUUAAAGGACCACAAGUAUGGAGCAUCGAUCCUCAUGGCCAUACAAUCGCUAUGCCUUACCACACCCAAGGAUCAGGAUCUCUAGCAGCCAUGGGUAUCAUCGAAAACGAAUACAGAGAAGAGGAUGGAGAACUAGUCAUGACUGAAGAGGAAGCCAUCGACCUAGCUACUAGAGCUAUCGAAGCUGGUAUCUAUAACGACCUUGGAUCUGGCUCCAAUGUAGAUUAUGUUGUAAUCAAUAGAGAAGGUCAUAAAAUCAAGAGAUCACAUAAAAGUGAUAAUAAGAAAUUAUUCACUCAUCCAGUUGGAUAUAACUUCCCUAAAGGCACAACAGAAGUUCUGGAGACUUCAGUGGUUCCUCUUGAUAUCGAGGAUGGGCAAGCUCCAAUGGAAUUAUAAUUUGCUAAAACUUUGACUAAGUUCCCAGCAAAAAGCAGAAAAUAUUUUCAAUAAUUUAAUAAUUA